CUGGGCGACUGCAUAACUUCUCCAACACUGUCGGCUUCGGUCUUUGUUUAGCCGCGUAAAUUUUGCUAAACACCUUUAAGAGUCGACUUAAUUUGUACCAAGCGUGCCCUGGAAUUGAUUUAAAAAACAAUAAGUGUAUUAAGUUUUAUCCAAGGGUCACAACCAAAAAGUAUCAAUCAAUUGUGCUGCUGUGUCACUCCAACUACAAGCACAUUUUGCGCGCCAAAACGAGACUCACAAUAUGGCCCAGAUUCAGGAAUACCAGUCCUUGGUGCUCGAUGCCCUCGAAGUUGUGGAUUUUAAGCUGAUUCGAGAGAAAGGCGACAUAAACAACGACGCCCUCACCUUUCACCCCGCCAUGGCCCACCAGAUCUUCGGCGAGUCCGAGACGAUUUUCGGCUACGAGGACUUGCAUGUACGGGUGCUUUACACGGCUGGGCCCUUGCACAUUUACCUGGGCAUUGAGUACAGUAACCGGGUGAACGAAAUCUCUGGCGGCGAGAUCAAGGCCGACGACGUGGUCAGCACUAUUGCACAGAGUCUGCCCGACGGCUGUUACUUCAUCAACUUGGAUGAGUUUCUAAAGACGCUAGACAAGGCGGACAAGUUUCAACCCUUUGGCGAGAAGAUAGGCGAAUAUACCCAGGUGUCCGACGAUGGAACCGAACGGCUUUUUGAAAUCUACCAGUGCGACUACAAGAGCUCUUCAUUCCUCAAGUUCUUUGGACGGCUGCAGACCUUCAUAUUGUGGUUCGUGGACGCCGCCUCGUACAUCGACACCGAUGACCCACAGUGGUGUUACUUUUUGUGCUAUGAGAAGUACAAGAACAGCGAUGGCCAGUGGCAAUACGCCACUGCUGGCUAUACCACUGUAUACGAGUACUAUGCCUAUCCGGAAAACAAGCGGCCGAGGAUUAGUCAGAUGCUUAUAUUGCCACCCUUCCAGAAGCUUGGACUCGCCACCCAGAUGGUGGAGAGCAUUUACAAGUUCUACCAGGCGCAAAAGAAUGUAAUCGAUAUCACAGUGGAGGAUCCGUCAGAGGAUUUUCAACGGUUGCGCAACUUUGUGGACGCUCGUUUCUGCAAGGAACUGAAGUCGUUCGCCCGCGCGGAGAUCGUCAAGGGAUUUAACAAGGAGAUGGUGCGGGAGGCUCGCGAAACCCUGAAGCUGAAUCCCCACCAGGUGCGGAAGGUAUACGAGCUGCUGCGUCUGUUCUACACCAAUAUCAAUGAGGAAAAGGAGUACAAGGCCUACCGGCUCGAGGUCAAGAAAAGGUUGAAUGCCGUCCACUACAAGCAGAUGAAGGAUCUACAGAAAAUGGAGCGUCUCAAGAUGGACACGGAAAUGAUAAGGGCCCGCCUGCCUACGGUAAAGCAGCGCAUGGAUCAGCUGCAGGAGGAGUACACUGUGGUCGAGCAGGACUACCAGAAAACCAUUGCCAAACUAAGAGCCUUGUAAGCUCUGUCUGCGGAUCGGAUCCAAGGGGUGUUGAUGAGUAAUUUAUUUCGUUUUCCGUUUUCUAAAUAUGUUGAUUACAAAAUACAUUAUAUUGCUAUAAGCCUACAAUAGGAUUUUGUCGAAUAAAUAUUAAAAAUUACAUA